AUGAAACAGCAGACCUCUUGUAAAGUUAACAAUCCUCAGCUGAAAAAUCAGGCAGCUAAUAUACAUUACAGCCAAGAGUUCAUAUACCCUUACUUGCCAUCUCCUGAGAUGCAAGCCAUCUUAGGCAAUGUGAAACCUCGAUUGACUCAUAGCAGAGAGCUAGAAAUGAAAACUACUCUCCAAGAACUAUUGAUCUACAUUAUUUUUCUAACUGAUUUAUGUAUAUUGACAUUUGGGAUGGUGAGCACAGAUAUGUAUUACCUAAACAGAGUAAUGGCCAACCUGUUCUUGGAAACAUCUUUCUCAGCGAAAGAUAAGACAAUUUUCAAAACUAUGGGCAGCAUCAAUGACUUUUGGCAGUUUUUAGAAGGUCCACUUCUGAAUGGGCUUUAUUGGAACACCUGGUAUACUGAAAAUUCCACAAGUAGCUACAGAAACAGUAGCCAUAUUUACUAUGAGAACUUACUCCUUGGAGUAGCUCAGAUCCGGCAAUUGAAAGUCCGUAACAACACUUGUUCCGUCUAUCCUUCUUUUCGUGCAUUUAUGAGAGAAUGCUAUGGGCAGUAUCGCUACGUACAUGAAGACAGAGAAAGCUUUGGUUUUAAAAAUGAUUCCGCGUGGCAGUACUACACUUCUGCUACUCUAGCUCCCUGGCAUUGGGGCCUUAUUGGUCUGUAUAGUACUGGAGGAUUUAUGUUCAUCCUGAACAAAUCAAAGGAACAAAGUUUACAGAUGAUAACCUUCCUCAAGCAAAACAGCUGGAUCACCCGAGGAACAAGGGUUGUCUUCAUUGAUUUUUCAAUGUACAAUGCUAAUGUUAAUCUCUUCUGCAUAGUCAGGCUGACUAUGGAGUUUCCUGCAACAGGUGGCGUAAUCCCUUCCUGGCAGUUCCACUCUGUAAAACUUCUCAGAUACGUCACCUAUUAUGAUUAUUUUCUAGCCUCCUGUGAAGUCAUCUUCUGCCUUUUCAUCUUCACAUUCCUUAUUCAAGAAUUUAUAAAAAUCAGGAAACUGAAAGGAGAUUAUUUUAGAAAUGCUUGGAAUUGGCUGGAUAUGUUGUUGCUCUUGUUGUCGUUGUUUGCUAUUGUUUUCAAUGUUUAUCGAACGGUUGAAGUAUCCAGACUUAUGGAAAAUCUGCUCUCCAAUUCAGAUUCUUAUCCAGAUUUUUAUUUCCUUGGAUUUUGGCAGACCCGUUACAAUAACAUGAUUUCAGUGAAUGUCUUCUUUGCAUGGAUAAAGAUAUUUAAAUACAUAAGUUUUAACAAGACAAUGACUCAACUGUCUUCUACUCUGUCGCGCUGUGCUAAAGACAUCAUAGGAUUUGCCAUCAUGUUUUUUAUCAUCUUUUUUGCAUAUGCACAGCUGGGCUACCUGGUCUUUGGGUCGCAAGUGGAUGAGUUUUCCACUUUUCAGAAUUGCAUUUUUACCCAGUUUCGUAUUGUACUUGGAGAUUUUAAUUUUGCCGACAUAGAACAUGCAAAUCGAAUUCUUGGACCAAUUUACUUCAUCACCUUCGUAUUCUUUGUAUUCUUUGUAUUGCUGAACAUGUUCUUGGCGAUCAUCAAUGACACAUACUCUGAAGUGAAAGCUGACUUUUCAGUAAUUCCAAGCAGAGAGUUUGAGAUCAGCGACCUUAUAAAACAGUUGUCGUUGUUUGCUAUUGUUUUCAAUGUUUAUCGAACGGUUGAAGUAUCCAGGCUUAUGGAAAAUCUGCUCUCCAAUUCAGAUUCUUAUCCAGACUUUUAUUUCCUUGGAUUUUGGCAGACCCGUUACAAUAACAUGAUUUCAGUGAAUGUCUUCUUUGCAUGGAUAAAGAUAUUUAAAUACAUAAGUUUUAACAAGACAAUGACUCAGCUGUCUUCUACUCUGUCGCGCUGUGCUAAAGACAUCAUAGGAUUUGCCAUCAUGUUUUUUAUCAUCUUUUUUGCAUAUGCACAGCUGGGCUACCUGGUCUUUGGGUCGCAAGUGGAUGAGUUUUCCACUUUUCAGAAUUGCAUUUUUACCCAGUUUCGUAUUGUACUUGGAGAUUUUAAUUUUGCCGACAUAGAACAUGCAAAUCGAAUUCUUGGACCAAUUUACUUCAUCACCUUCGUAUUCUUUGUAUUCUUUGUAUUGCUGAACAUGUUCUUGGCGAUCAUCAAUGACACAUACUCUGAAGUGAAAGCUGACUUUUCAGUAAUUCCAAGCAGAGAGUUUGAGAUCAGCGACCUUAUAAAACAGGGUUACAAUAAAGCUUUAGUCAAACUCAAACUGAAAAGAAAGGCAUCAGAGACAGAAGAUGUAUAUUUGAAAAAGUGGAUCAAUACUACUAUUGGAAGUAAAGAUUAUAUGGGAUUUUGGAUCACAGCAGGGUGUUUGCAGGAAGAAAUAGCGUCUCAUACACGGAAAAAUACGGAUCUCAUGAGGAGGCAGAUUUCCACAGGACAGUAUGACACAGUUUCUGCGAGAGACUUUCAGAGACUUUCUAGAUAUGCCGAAGAUUUGGAGAGACAACUGAAGGAUGUGAAUUAUAAGCUGGACACAAUUAUGAGAACUCUCCCUCCAGCUCAGUACCAACAGAGGAACUAG